AGUGCGGAAAUAGCUGCGCGUCGUAAUUUUAGUGGAAUCGGGGCAACGCGGCCGCGGCCCGAAAUAGCGGCGCGUGCGUCUUCGCGCUGUCAAUUUCGUCCGGAUAGGGUGCACGAUUAGCAGUUACCGGCGGCUCUCCACCGUCUCCGGAGCCCGUGGGUGCAUUUCCCCGCCCCGGCUCGCUCCCGAACUGCACGGUUGCAUAAGUGUUACAUACCUACAACCAUGUGUGCGAAAAGCUCGCUACGUGUCCAGAAAGUGAAUAUGUUCUCUCCAGUGUUUUAAGUUUUAACCUCCAGGAUUAACUCAAAACUAAGAUGUUAAAAGGCCGGGGUCGUGCUAUGGUGGGAACUCCGCAGUUCCCGCGCCCGGCGCCGGGGACGCCACAGUUUGCCCGCCAGACGCCGAGCACACCGCAGUCUCGCCAAGUGCCGAACACGCCACAGUUCGCACGCCAGGCUGCGCCUGCGCAGCGCGCGCCCCUCGCCAAGCCGGAGCCGGACUACGAGGUGGUGGAGUUCCCUGCCGAGGAAUAUGUCAACGCCAAGCUGCAGCCACCACCUACGCCUCCGAGACCGCCGACAGGUCAUCCAGUGGAUGCCGGCGCGUCAUGCGGGCUGUGCGGCGGCGGCGGCGCGCGCGUGCGCUGCGCCGAGUGCGGGCGCCGCGCUCUCUGCGCGUCCUGCGACGACAUGUACCAUCGCCAUCCCAAACGCAGGCACCACCAGAGACAGGCUCUGUCCGUGACGCAGUUACGCGAAGAGCAGCGUCCGCCGCUGCCGCCUAAAACUACCGCUCCAGUGCCACCGCCUCGACGGCACAAGAUAAUUGGAGACCGAUCGAGUGCUAGUCCUAGACCUCCCGUACAAGAGCAGCCACGUAGAGCUACGCUCGGAUCCAUCAACACUAUGACGGCACAAAAUAAAGCACCGGCACGACCUUUAAGCAAUCACGGUGUCCCGCAGCCCAUACCUCCGCACCUGAGCAAGAUAUUGCCGCCGGCGCCUCCCGCUCAUGUCGGCAGCAUGCCUUAUUUGCCGACGAGUCAGUGUCAAGCUGCCGCUCCCGCGCCGCACGCCAUGCCGUACCACAACAACACGAUGGGUCAUGCGCCGCAGACGUGGGGGCGGCCCAGACCCGCCCUGCCGCCUUAUAACGUGCCGACGAACAUGGUUCAACAGGCAAUGAUGCAUGAACCAUGGGACGGGCCCGAGAUGCUACCUCAGGCUCAGAGCUGGGGCCGGCCUAUGCGGCGCGGCGCGUCGGUCCUGGAGCUGGGCCAGCCAGCGCCGCCGUGUCCGGGCUGCGCGCACUGCGCCGGCGCGCCGUGGCGCUACGGCAGCUGCGCCAGCCUCGACCCCGGCCCGUGGGGCUGGCAGUGCUGCCCGCCGCACCAGGUGCAUCCGCAUGCUCAUAUGCAUUCGAUGAUGACGCCUCAACCUUACCGCAGAGCCGACAGCCGCGCAAUGUCCCGCGCGGCGUCCCGCGCCGGGUCUCGCGCCGCGUCGCCCGCCAUGAGCGUGCGCUCGCGCGCGUCGCGCCGCACCAAGCACCGCACGCCCUCGCCGCCGCCGCUGCCGUCCAGCGACGCAGAUUCCGAGAGCGAGCAGAGCGACCAUCGCGACCCGCCGAAACCGCUAACUUCUGCUAGAAAAAUACCUCAGCCUAAAGUCCAAAGUCCGGUGCGGGUAGCUACAAUUCAGCCCGAAGUAAAAGAAGACAGUUUAGGGCCGGCACCACCGCCGCCGGAGUCGUCGUGGCAGUGCGAGCACUGCACGUUCGUGAACGAGCCGGGCGAGCGCGUGUGCGCGGUGUGUUGCCGCACGCCGACCACGGCGCCCAAGGUCGUGGCCAACGGCGCCGCCGACGCCGUGGCGAACCUACACAUCUCCGACCCGGCUGGGUCAAGUGCCACUCGCCAGAAACACAAUGGCGAGGUACCCAAAGUCCAGUCGAAAAAAGAGAAGUCUUCUACCGGUUGCGGCCCAUCCCCGCCGAGGGAAAACAACAGGCAACCAACAAGCCGACUCGUCACGCCGGUGCGGGACGUGAACGACCAGCCUCGGCGACACGACAUGGCCGUGGGGCCAUCGCCGCCCAAGGAAGUUCGGAAUAGGGAAGUCAAUGGCAGACCAACUUAUAAUGGAAGUGAACAAGCGCGGCAUAGCGUGUCUGUUGGUCCAUCACCGCCACGAGAGAGUACGAACCAAAAAAAGUCCGCUGGCACUUCCCCGCCUCGGGGAAGCGUUGAGAACCGCGGCCGGUCACCGUUCAGUCGGUCGAGAGUUUCCAAUACGGGUACAUCGCCACCACCACAAAGUAUUUCAACUCAGACGUAUGAAGUACCAACACCAUGGGAGCGUGAGCGUGUACGAGAAAAGGAACGCGAGCGAGAGAAGGAACGCGAGCGAGAAAAGGAACGCGAGCGGGAAAAGGAACGCGAGCGAGAAAAGGAACGCGAGCGGGAAAAGGAACGCGAGCGAGAGCGGGAACGUGCUCCGUCGGUGCCGCGGUCGCGCUCCCGUCGGCGGGUCCGUGACGAAGCUCGCCGCGAACGCUCGCACAGCAGGCAUUCGCUAUCCAGUGACACGCGGGAGAGCGAGCGCAGCGUGCGCACUCGGGGCCGCUGGGAGUGGCGCUCGCCGCGCGACAGCAGCGCGACGGCGACGGGCGACAGCGACGCGGGCCGCCGCCUCACGCGCCGCGCCUCGCACCUCGACCUGCGCCCGCAGCGCCCGCAGCGCCGCUCCAGCUUCUACGGCUCCGAGGCGGCGUCCCCUGAGCCGCUGGCGUACAACCGCACGCUGUCGAUGGAGGGUCUGGGCGCGGGCGCGGCGCGGGAGGCGGAGCGCGGGCUGGAGCUGGCGCGGCUCAUGGACGAGGCCGAGCGGCUCGGCUUCAGCGCGGCGGAGGUGCAGGCGGCGCUGGCGCAGAGCCCCGCCGCGCCGCUGGCGUGGCUGCGCUCGCGCUGGCCGAGCCUGGUGGCGGGCGUGCAGGCGGCGGCGGCGCGCCUGGCCCCCGGCGCCGCCGUGUCCGAGCUGGAGGCGCGCGCCGCGCUGGCGCGCCACCGCGCCGCCAUGUGGCCCGCCGUCACCGAGUGCGUCGAGCGCCACCGCCGACAGUUGCAGGAGGGCAGCGUCGGUGAGGAGCGGCGGCUGCGCGGGCGCGUGUGGGGCUCCCCGGCCGGCGCCGACGUGGACGCCGCGCCGCCGCCGACCGCCCACCGACUAGUGCGCGGCAAUUCAGAUGAAUUCGAAGAGCCGACACCGAAAACAUUUCAAGAUGAUGACUGGAUGUACUUGCCACUCCCGGCUCAAACUCCGAGCCUGUUUGACAUGGAUCUCGACAGAGAUAUUUGGGGUUUACCCGUUCACAAUAAGCUGGACAAUUUAGGAAAUAAUAUUGCUUCGGUUCCGAUAGAUUUCGCAUUGAUUCCACCAGAUUUUGCUUCAGCUCCGACAGAUUUUGGUUCGGUACCGACAGAUUUCGCUACAGCUCAAACAAAUGUCGCUUCUAUUCCGACUAGUAGUAAGGUAAAGGCAGAGAAACCUAUUAGUGCUCCUAAUAUUCCAAACACGCAAGAGAAAGUAGACGCAAUAGAUACUGAGGAUAUAGCUCAAAAAUUAAAAGCGUUACUUAUACAAGCAGGGAUCCCGUCUAUCAAUGACAAUUUACUUUUGAAAGGUUUACUAGCAGAUAACAAUUAUCUGGAACAAAGCAAAGAUGCUAAUACUAUUUUAGAUAAUAAACCAGAACAAAUAUUAGAUAGCAAUAAUUUAGAGAUAAAAACGAUUGCUAAUAUUAUCGUUGAUAACAAACCAAAACCAGUAGCAGAUAUUAACCCACGACACGUAGCAGAUAAUAAUAAUGUGAAAAAUGAAAAGGAUGCUAACAUUACUUUAGAUACGAAACGGGAACAACCACAGUCGUUCGACCUCGGCCAAUCCGAAAAUGAUUUCAUAAAUGCUUACAAUGCAUUAACUAGGCACAGCCCUUUACCUAGCGUUACUAAUGAUGGUGCUGGUGAUAGUCUAAAUUUAAGUUACUUGAAUGCUAGUAGUAAUAUAGUAACAUUGAAUGAUAAUAAUUCUGAAUUUCUAAAAUCUACAGAAACAUUACUGCCAUCUGAGCAAGACAAUGCAAUUAAGAUUGUGCCCAGUAAUGAUAACAUUGGGGAUAUUAUUUCAAACGUAGCAUUGGAUAACAAAGUGCAAGAAGCUGUAUCCAGUGCUAGUAAAGAAAAGACUGAAAGAGAAAUAAUAAACAAUGUUGAAACUACCCCAUCAAAUCUUGAGAGUAGAAACGACACUUCUGCUAAACAUACAAUAAAGUCAAAAAAUAAAUUAGUUACAGCAAAGAAGUCACCCGCAAACACAACAGAACGUGACAAUAUUCUCACAGACAAUGAUAAAUCAAAGAACUUGAACGAUAUCGUAGAUAAUACUCAAAAACUUAUCCAGCAAAUGAAAGCCGAAAUUAAUUCAGACAUUAAUUCUCUCGAUGAUUCAAACUCAUCACAUAGUGAGGCAGAUAAUAGUUCUAAUGACUCUGAUUUGUCAACGGAUCAUGAAUCUUCAUACAGUGAAUCCGAUGGAGAAACAGAGGACUUAACUACAGAAAAUAAAGAUUAUACAAGUAGUGACAAUGAAGAAGAAGGAGAAAUGCAGCAAAAUACCGAAAAAGGCACUCCUGUCUUAGACAGAACCAGUUCUGAGGAAAACGACCAAUUUGAAGAAGCAAUGGAUCAUAUAGAAGCACAAACCGAAGCCAUACAACAAACAAAUUUUGAAAUACUAAAUUCCAUUGCACGAAGCCUUCAAGAAGAACAUACGGUAUCUAUUCAGCUAGGAACAAAAACUGAAAAGACAGAAAUACGUCCAACACGCCAGGACGUCAACAACAAUUUUGCUACGGUUAACACCUUUGAAGAGAUUUACGAAGAACUUAGCACGGACCAACCUGUCGUACAGGAAAAGCAAAAAACUAAUUCUGGACAAAAGUCUAUGAUACCAAAAAUCGAAAAGCCGCCUUAUAUUAAACAAGACAUAAACCUAAUGGUUUUCAACCCUGUGCCCGCAUCAGUAGCAACAGUAAGUGAAAAUAUAUUAACGAUAAUUAAUGCAACUAUCGAAGAAUUACCAUUCAUAGAUGAACCACUAGAAACCCAUUAUGAUAUGUCAGAUAAUGAAACUACCGUAGAAUUAAACAUAAAGGAAUCCUCCGAAGAAGAUAAUGAUGAUAAUGCCACUAAUAUUAAUCAAGUCGUAGAACAUAUUGCUAAUGACGCACAUAGUUCUAUUGAAAUGGAUAGCAAAACUUCUUCGUCCCCGAAUAACAUUAACUCUACUGAUGAAAUUGUGGAACAAUUAAUUGUAAUCACAAAUACCCUUCAAAAUAAUUUGAACGAAAUAGAAAAUUCUGAAUUAUCUCAAUCUGACAUUGCAAACACAGAUAAAGAGGAUGAAGAAAAGGAAAUGCAAAUAAACCACGAUAUCGAUAAUAGCACGUCUCAGACUGAGAGCAUAAGUAUACAUAACAUUGAAGCAGAACCAGAGUCAAGAUCUAGUACAUCACCAGAUAAAAAAUCAUUAAGCCCUCUUAAAGAUGAGAAGAAUACCCCCACCAGGUCCAACAUACCAAAGCCUGUUAAGAUCUUACCCAGCAUCAAACCAAAAAUAAACAAGAUUGCUCCGAAGGUACUUGUUUCCAAAGUACCUGUACGGCGAGCAUCUAUAAAACAGAACCCCGCACCGGUUCCCCCUAAAGCUCAUUUUGGGAAUAUUAGCAGCGGCCAUGUGAAGCAACUGCAAUCAAGGUUAUUUAAUCCAAAAACUGGAAAAGCACCAGCACUGGCACGUCCAGCCGCAAAUACUAUAGAGGUUAAACCGUCAACAUCGACUUUGAAUAAGAAGAAGCCUGCUCCGCAACCCCCUUCGCAAUCACAACAACUUAAACAACCGUCUCCGCCAAAAACGCCUUCAAAAGAAAUGAAGCGGCCAUUUUUCCGCGAAACAUGUCGCACUGAAGAUGAAUGGACGGAGAGUGAUUCUGACGAUUCACAAGUGCAUUUCUUGGUCAAGCCAGAGCCGGAGCCGGAGCGACGACCGCCAUCGCCGCCGCCGCCGCUCACUUUGCGUCGCGUCUCGGGCCAGCUGAUCGACUUGGCACACGUGCGGCUUCCGGAGGGCUCACCUGAGAGACAAGCGCGCAUGCUCCUGGCCGAAGGCGCGGCCGAGAGCUGGGAGCAGGCGCAGCUGGCGGUGGAGCUGGUGGCGCGCGGCGCCGACGCGCCCGCCGCGCUGCUGGCCGCGCUCGAGUGCGCGUCCCUGCCCGCCGCGCUCGCCUACCUGCACCAGGACUGCGAGCUGUGCGCCUCCCGCCUGCCCGAGCACCAGAUGGUUUCAAUGCUGCGCUGCACCCACCGCUGCUGCCGCGAGUGCGCGCGCCUGUACUUCACCGUGCAAGUGACGGAGCGCAGCGUGGUGGACUGCGUGUGCCCGUACUGCAAGGAGCCCGAGCUUGAGACGCUGGAGGAGGACGCCUGGCUCGAGUACUUCGCGCACCUCGACAUACUGCUCAAAGUGCUGUUGGACGCAGACGUGCACGAAUUGUUCCAGAGAAAGUUGCGAGACCGGACUCUAGCGAGAGACCCGAACUUCAGAUGGUGCGUAGAGUGUUCGUCGGGAUUUUUCGUGCAUCCGAAGCAGAAGAAAGUUCGGUGUCCCGAAUGUAGGUCGGUCAGCUGCGCCACUUGCAGGAAACCGUGGUCAACGAAUCACGAGGGCCUGAGCUGCGAGCAGUACGCCGCGUGGCUGGAGGACAACGACCCCGAGCGCUCGGCCGCCGCCGUGCAGCAGCACCUCCGCGAGAACGGGCUCGAGUGCCCGCGCUGCCACUUCAAGUACUCGCUGUCUAGAGGCGGCUGCAUGCACUUCACAUGCACGCAAUGCAAGUACGAGUUCUGCUACGGCUGCGGAAAACCAUUCACUAUGGGCGCGCGCUGCGGCCUCAGCGAAUACUGCGCGCGGCUAGGACUGCACGCGCACCACCCGAGAAACUGUCUCUUCUACCUGCGCGACAAGGAGCCGCAUGAUCUGCAGACGCUAUUGCAGAUGAACAACGUAACAUUCGAAGUGGAUGCGCCGGAGGGGUCUCCGACCCGCUGCCCGGUGCAGCUGCAGCGCGAGACGCCCGCCGGGCUCGUGGACGGCGCCUGCAACGCCGACGCGCCGCCCCACCACGCCGGACUCUGCAAGAACCACUACCUGGAGUACCUGAGCCGGCUGGUGCGGCGGCGCGAGAUCGACCCGCUGCCGAUCCUCGGCGUCGACGACCUGGAGACGCUCGUGAAGCGCGCGGCGCUGCGGCCGCCGCCGCGGCCCUACGGCUCGCUCGACGGCCUGUACCGCCGCGGCCUCGUCGAGAUCGUGAAAGAGAAAAUACCCUUGGAUUGAUGGCCGUUUCUCUACCUGCCUACCAUCGUACAGAUUGAAAUAUCACAAGAAGCUACAUGUAUUCCAGUGUCUUGAAAUGAUAAU